CAAGAGCUGAUGGCUGGGCAUUGAGGUUGAGCCCUUAUAGCUAUGAAGUCGAGUUUAUACGUGGUUGCGAGAAUAUUGCGGAUCCUUCUUCUCGUCUCUAUGAAGGUAAUGACGAGGCAUUUAACGAGGACACUAGCCCGUGGGAAAUUGCACACCUGGAAGCUAAUGCUUUGCAGUUUUUGACUGAGGACGAGAUUAGGGAACACACGGCUAGCGACAAUACCCUCCAACGUGUACUAGAUGCCUUGGAGUCAGGAGAUUGGGCAAAAGAUUUAAGGAAAUUCAAAGCUGUUUCAAGUGACUUGUUUUCGAAGGAAGGUAUCCUUGUGAAAAAUGGAUGUGUUGUCGUUCCUGAAGACUUGAGAGAGAAAACCUUAGCCAUAGCUCAUAGUGGGCAUCCAUUAACGGCCAAAUUAAAAAGUAUUUUACGCAAGUGUGUUUGGUGGCCUGGAAUAUCUUCAGAUGCUGAACGGUAUGUAGAAACUUGCAUUCAUUGCGCAGCGACUGGAAAACCUGAAAGACAUACUCCCAUGCUUCGAACAUUUGCCCCAAAAGCUGUUUGGGAAAUAAUAGCCAUGGAUUAUAACGGGCCUUAUUUGAAAUUUGGAGGAAUAUACAUCUUGGUCAUUAUUGACUUGAGAUCUCGUUAUGCUAUAGCUCGGCCAGUGAAGUCCACUGCAUUUGAAUUCACUAGGAAGAUUUUGGAUGACGUGUUCGAAAAGGAAGGUUUUCCGAGUUCCAUCAAAACCGAUAACGGUCCUCCGUUUAACGGUGAACAGUAUGCACAAUAUUGUACUGAUCGUGGAAUUAAAACUAUUUUCUCGACACCAUUCUUCCCUCAGCAAAAUGGAUUGGUGGAGAGCUUUAUGAAAGUUGUAAACAAGGCAAUGUCUAUAGCUGUUUCAAGUGGAAACCACUUCAGUGAGGAACUCCAAAAUGCUGUUCAAUCAUAUAACGCCGGGGCUCAUUCGGUAAUAAAGGUUCCCCCAGAAGAAGUAAUGAUGGGUCGAAAAAUUAAACGAGGUUUACCGUUGCUUGAACGUGGAAAAUCUGAUUACAAUGAUGAUCUGUUAAACCAGAAGGAUCGUGAAAUAAAAUUAAAAAGCAAAGCUUGCGAGGACGUUCGGCGUGGAGCAAAGACGAGUUCAGUGAAAUCAGGCGAUACCGUUAUCAUUGAGCGUCAGACGAAAAUGAAAGGUGAUUCUAGAUUCCAUGUGAAACGCUUCACGGUUAUCAAAGAGGAGAAUGGUAGUUUGCUCCUCGCUGAUGAUGAAGGUCGAACGGUGAAACGGCAUGUGUCUCAGACGAAAAAAGUCCACCCUUGGAGGGAAAACAUCUCGAACAAGCAAGUUGUAGCUGAGAAUUCCAAGCGCCCACAACGGUCAAAUAAAACCCCGGCAUAUCUUUCUGACUAUGUUCAUUUUACGGAGAACGAGUUUUUGUAA